AUGGGAGCGGAGCGGGAAGGGCACUGUCGUGCAGCACUGACAAGUAGCGUGAAAGCUGCGAUGGAUGUAUUGAGUGGAGACGGUACGGCGGUUGAUGCGGUGGUUGCUGCGAUCGCGGUGAUGGAGGAUGAUCCCAUGUUCAAUGCCGGAAGAGGAGCAGUUUUCGCAGCAAAUGGAACCAACGAAUUAGAUGCUGGCAUCAUGGAUGGCUUUACAGGAGCUGUUGGUGGUGUGUCUACUGUAAAAAGGAUAAUGAAUCCAAUAAUUGCGGCGAAAUUCGUUAUGCAGCAUUCGAAACACUCCCUGCUGUGUGGUGAAGGAGCUGAAAACUUUGCAUUUAGGCAUGGAUGUCCGAUGGUGCUUUCGGAAGUGACUAAGGGCACAGUGGGAGCAGUGGCACUGGACAUGCAGGGACAUUUGGCCGCAGGUUCUUCAACUGGCGGUUUGUCUGGGAAAGAGCCUGGGAGAGUUAGCGAUUCGAGCAUUUCAGGAGCUGGAUUUUAUGCCGAUCGACGUAUUGCAGUGAGCGCGACGGGCAACGGCGAUGAAUUCAUUCGAAUGUCGGCUUCAAAAAUCGUACUGAAAUGUGACUGUAUGGCAUUCAACAAUAAUUUUGGUUUUGUUACAAUAGAUUUUUCAUUGGUAGAAUACGCUAUAAGACAAUUCGGGAUGGGAGAAGAAAAAAUGAAUGGUGUGCUUUCGGAAGUGACUAAGGGCACAGUGGGGGCAGUGGCACUGGACAUGCAGGGACAUUUGGCCGCAGGUUCUUCAACUGGCGGUUUGUCCGGUAAAGAGCCUGGGAGAGUUAGCGAUUCGAGCAUUUCAGGAGCUGGAUUUUAUGCCGAUCGACGUAUUGCAGUGAGCGCGACGGGCAACGGCGAUGAAUUCAUUCGAAUGUCGGCUUCAAAACAGAUCGCCGAUUUGGUCAACUAUCGCGGGUUAGAUUUAACAGAAGCAUGUGCUCAAGUUGUUCACACGGACAUGAAGGAUGUUCAUGCUGGUUUCAUUGCUCUCGAUAUUAGCGGAACCGUUACAAUGCCUUUCAACACGCCUGGAAUGUUUCGUGCUACUCUUCGACAUGGACAGGGUCCAGCUGUGGUAGAGAUAUUCAAGUAA